AUGAAUGUUAACAUUACCGAUGAUCUUGGUCGAACAGGUAGUUUGCAAACCCCCGAGAAUAACCCACAAGGGUUUAUGCCUACUCCGCAAGGAUCAACAGGAACUACGGUUACAAGCUCGAGCAUCACACCAUUGAUGAAAACUGAAGAUAUGACGCAAGUAUCGGGAUUAAUGCUAGAUGAAGAGCUUAAUAUGCUUUUGGCAAACUCACAAUUACAGGAACAAGACAAUACAAGGCUAUCCUCAACAGAACCUAGAACUCGUGGUGACGGCGAUAAGGAACCUUUACUUGAAAUCAAAAAAGAGCACAAACAGUCAGACACAAUACUUGCUAAUGCUAAUUUCCUACCACAAGUUCCAAGCCUAGCGUCUUUGGAUCCUGUAAAUGAAACUACUGCAAAGCCAUCAACAGGCACUAAUGAGCCUGUGCGUGAACCAUCAACAGGCACUAAUGAGCCUGUGCGUGAACCAUCAACAGAAACCAAUGAACUCGCGUGUAAAUCCUCCACCUCCACCUCCACAGCCACGGCCACAACCAGUAAUGACAACAACAACAAUAUUAACAACAAUAUACUGAAACAAAAAAUGGAAUCAUCCAAAAAGGACUCGGCCUCAGCACCGAAAUCAAGUCAAGAUGAUGAUGAAAACCAGCGCGCUAGAGUGUCUGCAUACGCUAGACUAGAUUUUGACAAUUAUAUGUUUUACGUUCAGACACUACAAGUUGUGCUCGGGCGCAAAUCUCAAGACGAGCUAAUCCAACAGAAUGUGGAUGUUCAUUUAUCGGAAAAAAAGGCCAUAUCAAGAAGACAUGCAAAGAUUUUUUAUAAUUUUGGAACUCAAAGAUUCGAAAUAUCGGUAUUGGGUAAAAAUGGAGCAUUUGUAGAUGAAACAUUUGUUGAAAAGGGUUUAACAAUCCCAUUAACUGGCGGAAUGAAAAUACAAAUUGGUGAUAUACCAUUUUAUUUCAUUCUUCCUGAUGAACCACCUAAUGAUGAAUCAAAUGCUAAUGGUGCUAAGGCUGGUCCAAAGCAAUUCAAUCCCAGUGAUGCCAUAAACUUGAAAUCUAAUUUAUUCUCUAAAACUCCAACACCAAAGAGCUCACCAAAAAGGAAAAUUCCCGAAUUGAAUGAAGUUUCGGAAUUGCUGCCGACAGCUGUUGCAAAUACCACCAAUACUAAUAUAAUUGCCAAUGCCAAUGCUAAAAACAAUACCAGCACCAACACCAACACCAAUACCAGCACCAACACCAACACCAGCACCAACACCAACACCAACACCAAUACCAAUAACAUUGCACAGCGGAAAAAAUCAAUUAAUAGGCGGGAUUCCUUAUUGAAGAUUAGAAGAUUAUCAACUACGCGGCCAAAGUCGCAAAGCACUAGCGACGAAAUUAAUGAAUUGCUAAAAGGCAUUGGAUUGAACCCAAUUACAGAUCAGAGUGAAGACAGUGCGAUGGAUCUCGAUGAGCAAAUUCGUCUUCUUUUGGAUGAAGAUGCGACACAUCUAGGUGCAGACAAUCAAGACGACGACAUUACCAAAUUGUCUGGCUUUAAUGAAUCAGCUAUAGCGGACGACGACGAAGAAGAAGAACAACAAGAAGACGAACAAGAAGAAGAAAAUGAAGUUAAUGAUGAUAAUGAUGGUGCACAAGACUUGGGGAAUAUUGUCAAAAGCUUUAAUCAAGCAGAUAACGAAAUCAAAGAGUUGGGCACGCAAGUACAUGAGGUAGGUUUGGAAAUUGAUGAAUUGGCAAAGACAUCCAGCGAGUAUAAUCAGAACUUGAUCAAAGAAAAAGAACUUAAAAAGAAAGGUUUGGAGGAUUUAAAGAAACAGAAGGAAUUGCAUUUACAGCAGAGGAGGUACUCAUAUGUGAAAAAUGCAGGACCUAUUAGGGCAACACCUUUGAUGGGGAAGCCUGCUUCAAUCCAGCCACCUGCAUCGUCAUCAAUUUAUAGCCGAAUCAAUGGUUUGGAUAAACCAGGUUUUCCCUCAAUGGUUCAGAAAGCAAUACCUAAUCAACCACCCCCACCGAAGUUAAUUGCGCCUGUCCAUAUAAUAACAGCCGAGCCUUCAGCAAUAAGAUCUCGACCACCUUUGCGAGCCAUUACAGUGAGCGACGCUUCUUAUCUUUCAUCGUUUUACUACCCCAAAACCAUUGAAGAACCUUCAAAAUACCCCAAACCAAAAGGAAAGAAAGUCGCACCAAGAAAAUCAGCUAAACGUGUUUAUGCCGCUGAUGAAAUACCCGAAAAGUGUCGAGUCAAGCCAAACUUGAGUUUCAAUACCAUGGUUACAGUAGUUUUGAAAACACCAACUGCCGCUCAAAAUGGUUUAACAAUUAAUGAGAUUAUUGAGUCCAUCAAGGAGAUAUAUCCAUAUUACAAGUACUGUCCAGAAGGAUGGCAAGCGGCUAUUGACCAUUGUGUGAAAUUCUCCAAAUGCUACAAAGGUAUUUUCAAAAAAGGAUCUGAGUGGCAGUAUGUCAUUGACGAGUUGUAUCUAGAUGAAAGAAAUACAAUAAAGGAACAACAAAGACAAAUAGUUGAAGCAAAAGCUCAAGCAGAGCUCAAAAGACGAGAAGAGUUCCAACAAAAGCAAAGAUUAGAAACUCAACAACAACAACAACAAUUCAGCAAUCAAAUGUAUAUGAAUAGAACCGCCAAUUUUCCACAACCUCAGUAUCCCCCCAAAAUGCAAUCUAUGCCUCCGCAAGGACCAUCAGUUGCUGCUAGUAAUAAUAAUAAUAAUAAUAAUAAUAGUGCACCGUUUGCUCAACCUUCGCCAGUGCAUUAUAAACCUGCCAAUAAUGUGAGUGUCUCCCCAGCUCCUCCUCAGCCAAUAGCUCAAGAAAUGCCAUCUAUCAAUGACCCAAAAACACAAAAGUCUCUAGAGUACUUGAGGAAAGAAUUGUUCAGUUUAUAUAAAACUCGGAAUCUUUCGUAUGAUAGGGAAACAGCAACCAGUUUAAUCACGAAAGCGCUAGCUACUACCAUUGCUCAAGUUAAUAGCAUUGGUGCUAAAGCUGGUUGUGGUCAAAAUGCUUUAGGUUUCUUGGUGGAAAAGGCACCUCAACAAGUGAGCAAGAUUUUGGGUAUUGCAUUGACAAAAUCUAUCAAGGAACAUGAUGGUGGAGGAUCAAAACCAUCCACACCAGCUCCAACUCAUCCCUUGCCCUUGGCAUCGGGGUCGGGAUCGGGAUCGGGACCUGUGUCAUCAUCGCCCCAACCUCUACCUCAAAUUGCACCUCAGACUACACAAUUGCAGACUGCUCAACCUCAGACUACUCAAUUGCAGACUGCUCAACCUCAGACUGUUCAAUCUCAUGUUCAACCUCAGACUGCUCAACCUCAGACUGCUCAACCUCAAACUGCUCAACCUCAGACUGCUCAACCUCAAACCACUCAAGCUUUUAAUAAUGAAAAUACAUCUAUCCAACCUAGAAGCCAUGUAACAACAGUAGAAGAUAAUGCAAACGACUUAGCUCUGCAAUCUUCUUCUUUACCAAUGACCAAACUUACAGCUCAAUUGUCAUCACCGCCUUCUUCGGAAACACAAACAUCCACAACUCAACCACCCGGGUCCAUUGCAUCACAGCCUACAAACUUUUCGUCACCAGCAACUCAAUCCAUCGCGAUUUCUCCAAACACGCAAACUGCACCAGCAGUAAAAGUAGAGAAAAAUAACUCGCCAUCACCGCAAUCCUCCCUGAACAUUCCCAAAGCGUUGUCAUUACCACGGCCGCCGCUGUUUGGAAAGCCAUUCUCCUUGAAUAAGCCAGGCUUUUACGGAAGACCCCAAGCAUAUGGCAAACCGCCUGGUGUAGGCUUGGGAUUAUCGAGACCACCAACUUUCUUAUCCAACAAACCUACAUACCAAACUGGCAAUAAAAGAGAUUCCGACUCGAGAGAUUACGAAAACGAGCAAGCAAAUAAGAUGGCCAGAAUUUAG